UUUAAUGGGACCAACAGUUAAUAAUCUAGACAAAUUACUACGCAUGCCAACUGGAUGUGGCGAACAGACAAUGCUCGGUUUGGCGCCUGAUGUUUUUGUAGCAAAUUACUUAACAUCUACUCACCAGCUGUCCAGUGAUAUUGAAGAAAAAGCUAUAAAUUAUAUGGAAAAAGGUUACCAAAGAGAGUUAACAUUCCAACAUAAAGACGGGUCUUUCAGUGCAUUUGGUGACCGAGACAAAUCAGGUAGUAUGUGGUUAUCUGCUUUCGUAAUUAAGACAUUCCACCAAGCAAAGAAGCAUAUAUUUAUUGACGACAAGACACUGGUUCGUACCAUAGAAUGGAUGUUAAUAAAACAGAAUCCUGACGGAUCAUUCCCAGAACCUGGCAGAGUUAUACAUAAGAAUAUGCAAGGAGGAUCGGCCAGUGGUCCAGGGCUUACUGCGUUUGUAUUGAUUGCUUUGGAAGAAAACAAUGACUUGAAAGGACAAAUUCAAGAGAAACUACAGAAUGCUGCUAUGAAGGCAAGAGCUUAUCUUGAACAGCAGAUCAGUAAAAUAACGGACGAUUAUGCUUUGGCUAUUGCAAGUUAUGCUUUAGCUCUGUCAAGGAGCUCUGAUGCUGCUACGGUGUUUACAAAGUUAAACAGUGAUGCAAUUGUGAAAGAUGGAAUGAAGCAUUGGCAUAAAGCACAGACUACAACUUCAUCUCACAAUCAUUACUGGUCGCCUCCUCAUAAACAAUCAAAUCCUAUAGAUAUAGAAAUGUCGUCGUAUGCUUUACUUGUAUAUGCUCAUAACAAAGCUUUCGCUGAUGGUCUUUCUGUUAUGAAAUGGCUUACAACACAACGCAAUUCAAAUGGUGGAUUUGCAUCAACACAGGAUACAGUUCUAGCUCUACAGUCUUUAUCAGAAUUUGCAGCAAUGGUUUAUUCAAACAACUUUGAUUUACAAGUUUCGGUUACAGCCGGUAACUUUACAAAACAGUUCCAAGUUAAUCCAACUAAUGCCUUAGUACUACAAGCAGCAGAGCUGUCGUCAAUUCCAAAUGAAGUAACCAUUGAUGCUACUGGUCAUGGUAUGGCUCUUGUAGAGGUGUCAGUAUUUUUCAACGUUGAACAAGAAAUAUUAGAACCAACAUUCGAAGUGACAGUGACAUUGGAAGAAGAUACCCUUAAUUCUAUGAAAGUUAAAACUUGCACAAGAUGGCUCUUAACUGGUGCAAGCGGGAUGGCAGUACAAGAGAUAGGUAUUCCAACUGGUUUUGACGCCGAUGUUGAAAGCAUCGGACAAGUGGCUGGUUUGAAAAAAAUCGAACAGGAAAACAGAAAAGCUAUUAUCUAUUUUGAUGAGAUAACAACUACGCCCCUGUGUAUAACCAUGGAAUCGAUCCGCACUGGACUUGUUGCUAAAACACAACCAUCUGCUGUUCGUGUUUAUGAUUAUUACCAACCAGAUAACCAAGUGACAAUGUUCUACCAGUCACAUGUUUUGAAAAAUUCAUCUGUCUGUGAUGUUUGCCCCGACUGCGGAGGAUGUCCUUAGAUUUAGAUGACAUUCAGCUGUUGUAUGGUGUAAAUGAAAAAUAAAAAAAAAUGACAUUUAUAGAACUUUGCAGAUAGCAUGCUAUUUGUAUUUAUUGUUGUUAGAAAAUAUGACGUAAUCAGUUUGCCUCAUUCCAUAAUUUACAUGAAACAUUUAAAACAAUGAUUUCUUAACUUGACUAUAUACUGCAUGUAUGUAAAAUAUGAAAUUUCAUUCAUAAAAAAAUAUCAUUCUCAUAUAAGAUGUAGUUUGAUUAAGUCGCAUUUGAAGGUUAUCAUUGAAGAGAGGCGAAAGAUACCAAAGGAGUAGUUAGUCAUAAGUCCAAAACGAACUGACAAUGCAAUGGCAAAACACAAAAAACGAUCAAAAGACACAACAAACUACAAAACAUAACUUAAAAAACUAAAGAAUGAGCAACACAAACAAGAAAAAACACAGGGCGUGAUUUCAUAUGCUCCCGGAAGGAUAAGUAGACCCUGCUCCACAUAUACAUUCAAACUGUUUUGAUCAGAGUGCCACUGGCGAGUCUAUUUCAGAGACGCGUGACUGGCGUACCAAAUUAUAAACCUGGUAUCUUUGAUUAGUUUUGCUAUGCUGCUUAAAAGUUCAAUCAUCAGGUCCUUGCAAAUAUCUAGAAUAAUUUGAAUUUGCAACCUAGAUAGCUAUCCGUGUAUUCGAUGGCAAUAAAAUAA